AUGCCGCUGAAGUCACUCAAAUCCUAGAACUAAGCCUCUACUUUAGUCAAUGCUCUUUGUUGAAGCCUUUCCAAUCUUGGCUAAAAUUUUUGAUCACAUGGUUGACUCUAACGUGUUUAUAACAAAUAAAAAACCACUCUUAAAAAUCUAAUUCUAUAUCACAAUGAUCUACAAACGAGAUACAAUUGAUUCAGUGAAUUCGUUUAUUCCACAAUCAUUUUUUUCUAGCUACUGUAAUAUUGGUUAGGUUUUUCCUUCCAACACAUAUUUCAGUCUAUUCAGUGGAAGUGAAAAACGUGGGAAUUAUGGAUGUUGUCAAGGCAAUUCUCCAGGAAGACAGUCAAGACCAGAGUCGUUCGACUGAAGUUGAUAAACUAAUAGAGCUCGACAUAGAUGAGGGGACACUUUUGGCUUCAGACUACAACGCAUUUGAUAGUGAACGCUUGAAGGCAAAUAGGGAAGAUUUCUUGAAGGCUCUGACGAGGGACAAUGUUCAGCUGCUCAUCAAUAAAAUCUGGCAACUCCCCACAAAGAGAGUCGAUGAGGCUAUUAUCGCCGAACUGCCAAAGCCAACGUACGUUGUUCCAAGGGCCAGGGUGGUGCCAAAACCCAAACCUUUGACCAAGUGGCAGCAGUUUGCUAAAGAGAAAGGCAUUAGAUCUAAAAAGAAAGGAAACUCUAAACUCAAAUGGGACGAGCAACUCAACAAAUGGAUUCCAACGUUUGGAUACAAACGAGCACAAGCUCAGGAGCAGAAAGACUGGUUGGUGGAAGUUGGACCUGAUAAUACACCAAAAGCAGAUCCCAGGGAGACUGCUAGCAACGCCAAACAGGAAAGAAUGGCUAAGAACGAACUCCAGAGGCUCAGAAACAUUGCCAAAUCCAAGAAUGUUAAAAUUCCGAGGGUGGGGCUACCAACAACUGAACAAUUCGCCUCAUCCAAACAAAUGGCAACGGCCACGACUAUAGCCAGAGUCUCCACAGCGUCUGUUGGGAAAUUCCAGAAUAAAUUACCCAAAGAGAAGGAUUCGAGAGAUCAAGUCGUCAAGGAAGUUCCUGGUAUAAAGAAGAAAAGGAAGGCACCACCCUUGAGCAUCGUAGAGGAGAAGCGUCGAAAUACAGAUUUAGUCAGUGACAUUGUCAGCAAAAAGAGUUCUAAAGACAUUCUAAGAGUGGAUAUCCCAACAGUUCCUUCCUCGAUAUCCAGAGACUCCAGGAAAUCCAAGAAAGGCAGUAAAAAUUCCAUUGGAUCGAAAAAACCGAAAGCUGGAAAGGGGAAAAGAAAUCCUCACACUAAAGUUGGAGGUAGAAAGCGCAGGGGAUAAUGUAAUGUAAUUCAUUGAAAUAUCUAUUUUCAUUGAUUAAAGACAUUAUUAAAAAUAAAUUGAACAGAUGUUUCAUCA